GGGAAGCUGCGGGGCGGCGGCGCGGAGGCCGAGGUCUCGGGGCUCCGGCCGCGGCGGGGCAGGAUGGGCACGCAGGGCAGCCCGGUGAAGAGCUACGACUACCUGCUCAAGUUCCUGCUGGUGGGCGACAGCGACGUGGGCAAGGGCGAGAUCCUGGAGAGCCUGCAGGACGGCGCGGCCGAGUCGCCCUACGCCUACAGCAACGGCAUCGACUACAAGACCACCACCAUCCUGCUGGACGGGCGGCGCGUCAAGCUGGAGCUGUGGGACACGUCGGGCCAGGGCAGGUUCUGCACCAUCUUCAGGUCCUACUCCAGGGGCGCGCAGGGCAUCCUCCUGGUGUAUGACAUCACCAACCGCUGGUCCUUUGACGGCAUCGACCGGUGGAUCAAGGAGAUCGACGAGCACGCUCCUGGGGUCCCCCGGAUCCUGGUGGGGAACCGGCUCCACCUGGCCUUCAAGCGGCAAGUGCCGACGGAGCAGGCGCGCGCCUACGCCGAGAAGAACUGCAUGACGUUCUUUGAGGUCAGCCCGCUGUGCAACUUCAACGUCACCGAGUCGUUCACCGAGCUGUCGCGCAUCGUGCUCAUGCGGCAUGGCAUGGAGAAGAUCUGGAGGCCCAACCGAGUGUUCAGCCUGCAGGACCUCUGCUGCCGCGCCAUUGUCUCCUGCACCCCCGUGCACCUCAUCGACAAGCUCCCGCUGCCCGUCACCAUCAAGAGCCACCUCAAGUCCUUCUCCAUGGCCAACGGCAUGAACGCGGUCAUGAUGCAUGGACGCUCCUACUCCCUGGCCAGCGGGGCCGGGGGCAGCGGCAGCAAGGGCAGCAGCCUCAAGAGGUCCAAGUCCAUCCGGCCCCCCCAGAGCCCGCCCCAGAACUGCUCUCGCAGCAACUGCAAGAUCUCCUAGCAGGCCUGCGAGAAUGGACGUGCGCUCCUGCCGGGCCGGGCCUGCUGUGGGCAGGGACUUUGGCCACCGGGCCCCGCCACGGAGGCUGCAGGUGGAGGGAGGGGGCUGCAGGCGGCCGCGUGCUGGUCCGAAAGCCCUGGGGGGCCUGGCUGCCGCUCUGCUGGGCUCUGCUGGGCCUCCGGAGGGGACUGUGGGGGUGAUGGUGUCCCGAGGGGCCGCGGUCCGUUCCCACGGAGGGGCUGGGCUGCUGCCCAGGGGCCCUCUGGAAGCUGCGCUUGGCGACCAAGCCAUCAGGCCCGGCUCCUGCCGCCUCCCCUGGGAGGUGCACACCAGGACUCACUUGGGCCCAGGCCCCUCCCACGUGGGCGGGGCUGGGGCUCUGCUGUGAGGGUGGAGUGGCCUGGGGGCAGCUCGCGUCCUCUGACCUCAGAUGUGGCUGCGUGGUGGACACCUAGCCCUCCUGUGCUGGGGGCCCUAGUGCAGUGGGGCCUGGCCCCUCGCUGCUGUUGAAGCCGCCAGCUGUCCCUGCCCGGGAUGCGUCCUCCCGGCCCAGACCCCGCCACGGCCUCCUUGGUGCUCAUCUCUACCUCCUGCCCUCGUCACGAUGUGGGUUCAGCACGGCAGUGUGGACGCUGGGCAGAGGCCCCUUCCUUUGGCGUGGUGGGGGGAAGCCCACGUCCCCGUGCGCACAGGAUCAGCACUGGCUCACUGCUGUCACACUCCCCACGCUGGGUUCCGAGCUGUUCUCACUUUGUACAGUAAACGUGGUUCCUGUGA